AUGACAAUGGGGUCUCCAGAAAUUGCCUCGAACACUUCUCACGAGCUGCCUCUUCGACCUCUGGAGCAGGUCAACGACCCAGAACCUGAGCAGCCAAAUAUGGCUACUUCUCCAGAACAUCAGACAAGCAAGCCAAUUGAAAUGACACCACCGACAUCAGAAGUAGAUGGCAUUCAACAGGAAUUAGAGUCUAUGCCUGUUAAUGUGAACAAGCCAACAGGGUUUGAAGAGUACUACGUGGACGCCCCCAUAACACCCCAGGAGUAUGCAGAGGGGCGAGAGAUAUACGAUGUUCGAAUGGAAGAUGCGAUUCUACGGUUCCAGAAGAAGCGGCGCAUUGAAAGUGACAGACGCGAUGUCUUUCUAAAGUACCUGCAAUAUGGAGGCGUCGAUAUCAGUGCGAAGAUGUUCACGGGUACAGACCAACGUAAUCUCAAGGAGAUGGACAGUGAGGGGGUCCUCCUGGCCAGAGCCCAAACAAGCAUCGCGCAGGAGCAAUUGAACUUACAGAUUGACUUCAACGCUGUGGUCAAGGGGUAUCUGACCUCCUACUUCCCGUACUACUUCAACCCCGAAACCGAGGACAUGGUCAAGCUGGCCACAGUCACGAUAUGGAACUUUCUCACGUACAUCCUCUACCACGACGUAGCCCCAGAGUACAAAGCGAACAUCGAGGAAGCCAGGAAAUCCUGCGACAUUGCCGGCAAAGAGCUCUGGAAAAACCAGCAGUUCACAUCCAAAGGACCAGGAGACUUCAAUACCGCUUGCUCUACCCUCUUCGGCGGCGUCUUUUUUGAUCUCUACGUUGAAAACAACCAGUGGAACAACAGCAAGGACGAUACCGUGCGUAUGACCAAUGGGAUCGCCCGUAAAGUUGUCAAGUUCGCUCUGGCAGGCGCUGGUAUUGAUAGACAGGUUGUCCAGUUCCAAGAGCUUGCAAACGAAGACGCACUGCGGGCGAUGCGGGUCCAAGACAUCGAUGGCUUUGAAGUCACCGCCAUCAUUUUUCCAGACGGUGAGACUAAGGAGUUCUACCAGGUGCACGCUCCAGAUCUCCACCCCGUUGGAAGAAUGCUGGCAAAGGCCUACCGCGACCCCGGCAAACCUGACAUUGAUCUCAGCCCUGAGGAGAGACUUCAAUGGGAAAAAGGCGGUGCACCCGCAUUGGAGUUUGACUUCUUCCUUGAAGAGACUUUGCUAAAGUUUUGCUAUCCUGGAAUGAAGGUCAUAACGGCGGUUUGGGAACUUAACUGUGGAUUUCAUUACUUCGACGAGAUUUCCACAGCCUACUGUUCUAUUUACACCGUUCUAGCCAAUGACUUGAUGAUAGGUUGGAAGAAACCGAAGGAUUUACGGGUGGGAGACGAUCGUGAAGCUGACGAGACAUUCGAUGAGGAGGGUAAGGAUUCAAAGAGAAAGGAAACAGAGGGACCAAGCUGUUGA